AUUUGUAAAGUGUUUUGUGAAUAACGCCUGCAAGCGGUCGUAGGAGUCUGUGGACAGUGAUCGCACGUAAAUUACGCAGGAUUUUGCGUAGAGCUGCAGCGGUUUUGAGCAAUGUGAAUAGAGCCUCAUAAAAUGGCGGAUCGCGGUGAAGAUGUAGAUGCAGAGAGUGAAGAUGAAUUAUAUGAGGUGGUUAACAUCACAGAUUACGCCAGGAGGCAUCAAUGGUGGAGUCGUGUUUUUGGGAACAGUACAGGACCCAUUGCAGAAAAGUACUCUGUGGCUUCACAGAUAAUGAUGGGUGGAGUGACAGGAUGGUGUGCUGGUUAUCUUUUUCAGAGAGUUGGAAAAAUUGUGGCUACUGCUGUUGGAGGGGGAUUUCUUUUGCUACAAAUUGCCAACCACAGUGGCUAUGUACAGGUUGACUGGAGGAAAGUGGAAAAGGAUGUCAAUAAAGCAAAAAAGCAUUUGAAGAAAAAUGCAAACAAAGCAGCCCCUGAGCUCAAUUCCUUUAUAGAAGAAUCAACAGAAUUUGUGAAGAGGAAUAUUGUUAUCUCUGGUGGAUUUGUUGGAGGAUUUCUGCUGGGACUGGCAUCCUAAAUGAACCCUGGCUCUACUGUGUUGCCACUGAUAUAAGUAGUUUGCACAUUAAUAUUCUCCCUUAUGUCGGUAUCACAGCGAUACAACACUGAAACUUGAUGUAUUGUGUGAAGCAGUGCAAUGGACGUUUGCUGAACUGUUGUUCUAAAUAUAUUCCUCUACAAUGCUGUUCUUAAAUGUACAUAGCUUAAUCAUCCUGAUGAAGAGAGAGAUAUUGUGCCAAUAAUUUUUAGAAAAUUGUUGGUGUGGUUUUAUGUUAUUUUUAAUUUUAUUUUGCAUACUCUUAAUCAUUAAGACAUCAACAUGAGGUAUGUUACAUAUACAACUAAAGUGUUUCUUAUUGUACUUUGUUUUUGACAAUACAUUAUUUGAGUUAGUUGUAUAAUUUCCAUAAUAUUUACUUAUGUAUGUAAGCAUGUAUUAUUUUUUGAGUGUUUUACUUUGUGAUGGAUUUUUUUUUUUAAAUAUACAGAAUCACCCACCAAUAACAUGUUUGUGGAAAUAAUAAAAAAUUAUGUCUU